AUGAUGACGACCAUGGCUGCUGGUGGGCCGGGUGAUCCUCAUACACAAAUGAACACUUACCGCAGUUACGUGACUAUGCUAGCGGAUCCUGGUGCUAAAGAUGAGAUUAAGUUGAAGGCUGCUCAGGAACUCUCAGAGAAUUUUGAAGUGAUCUUGAGUUCUCCGCAGUACCCUCAAUUUCUUGACCAUUCAUUGAAAAUAUUUCUGAAAAUACUUCAAGAAGGCGAACCUCACUUUAUUGCUGAAUAUAACAUACAGCAAGUAAGAAAACUGAUAUUGGAAAUGAUUCAUCGUUUACCAAUCAAUGAGACAUUGAGGUCAUAUGUCAAAAGUAUUCUUAUUCUUAUGCUGAAAUUGAUGGAAAUUGAAAAUGAAGAAAAUGUUCUUGUGUGUCUUAAAAUUUUCAUGGAGCUUCACAAGCAGUACCGUCCAGCCUACAGUACAGAAGUUGAUAUUCACAAAUUUCUACAAUGGGUUAAAGGUAUUUAUUCAGACUUGCCCAACCAUUUGCCAAAAAUUUUUGAACCAAAACCUACAAUUCGAGUGAAAGAUUUGUCGGAAGUAAACAUUGAACAGCUACUUCAAGAAACUUACACAACUACACCAAUACAUACUGAAAAGAAAUUACUAGAUGGAAGUGUAGUCACUUACAAUCUCAUUCCUAGAUCAGUUUUAUCUCUUAAAGUAAUUCAAGAGUUACCAAUUAUAGUUGUUCUCAUGUAUCAAUUAUAUAAACAAAAUGUUCACCAAGAGGUUAGCAAUUUCAUACCUCUUAUUAUGGAAACUAUAACUCUACAGCCAGCUGCUACACAUAGGCAAUCUGCUUCAUUCAACAAGGAAGUCUUUGUAGAUUUUAUGGGCGCACAAAUUAAAACAUUAGCUUUUUUAGCAUAUAUAAUACGGAUAUACCAAGAUACUAUAGCAAAUCAUGCUAAUUUAAUGGUGAAAGGGAUCAUUGGUUUAUUGACAUUGUGUCCUCCAGAAGUAGCUCACUUAAGAAAAGAGUUGGUGAUAGCGACACGCCAUAUUUUGGCCACCGAUUUGAGACUUAAAUUUGUUCCUUAUAUGGAGCGACUAUUUGAUGAAGAUGUCUUAUUGGGUGGAGGAUGGACAGUGCAUGAAACCCUUAGACCACUUGCAUAUUCGACAUUAGCUGAUCUGGUGCACCAUGUGCGUCAACAUCUGCCGUUAUCAGACUUGGCUAUUGCGGCACAUUUAUUCUCCAAAAAUGUUCAUGAUGAAUCUCUUCCAACAAGCAUUCAGACGAUGUCAUGUAAGUUGCUGUUGAAUCUCGUGGACUGCAUCCGUCAAAGGUCGGAGAGUGAGGGUGCCACUGCCGGCGCCCAGCCUCAGGGUCGUCUACUGCUAAUGCGCAUUCUUGAAGUAUUUGUUCUUAAGUUCAAGACUAUCUCCAAGCUUCAGUUACCAGCACUCAUGGCCAAGUGCAAACAGAAUGUGCCGCCUGUAGCAACUACAACAGCGGUAACAACACCUAGUACACCAACUACGCCAGCACCUAACACACCUGCUGUGGAAGUUAAAAUGGAGGAAGAAAAACCCACGCCAGAUUUUUUAGAUAGCAUAUCUAAGCCAGAAGAGAAAUCCAAGAUAGGCUUCCCUUCGUCUCAAAUGAACAAUUUGAAUGUGGGAGAUUAUAGAACACUGGUUAAGACGUUAGUCUGUGGGGUGAAAACUAUUACAUGGGGAUGUGCAUCUUGUAAGACUGCAACCAAUACCGAAGGUGCUCAGAGUGCUGCGAUCGCCAGUCAAAAGCAGUUUUCAUCUCGCGAGACUCUCGUAUUCAUAAGAUUGGUACGAUGGGGUCUACAGUCACUUGAUAUAUAUACGUUGGCCGCCCCGCGAGCCCCCGCCACACCACCAGCUCAACCACAUGUUCGUUCUAAAGAAGAGAAGGAAGUGUUGGAACAUUUCAGCGGUGUAUUUUCAAUGAUGAAUCCUCAAACGUUCCAAGAAAUCUUCACUGCGACAAUCUCCCAUAUGGUGGAGAGAAUAAACAAAAAUAUGACAUUACAAAUUAUUGCUAACACGUUUUUAUCAAAUCCAGCUACGUCGCCGAUAUUCGCGACGGUGUUAGUUGAAUAUUUAUUAAAAAGAAUGGAAGAAAUGGGAUCAAACGUCGAGCGCUCCAAUUUAUAUUUGAGGCUCUUUAAGUUGGUUUUCGGUUCGGUUAGUCUGUUUCCUACUGACAAUGAGCAAAUGUUACGCCCUCAUCUCCAUAACAUAGUAAACAAAGCAAUGGACUAUGCUAUGACGGCUAAGGAGCCGUACAAUUACUUCCUCCUUUUGAGAGCAUUGUUCCGCUCGAUAGGUGGAGGCAGUCAUGAUUUAUUGUAUCAAGAAUUCUUACCACUUUUGCCUAAUCUAUUGGAGGGAUUAAAUCGACUGCAAAGUGGUCUCCAUAAACAGCAUAUGAAAGAUCUGUUUGUUGAAUUAUGUUUAACUGUACCCGUGCGGCUAAGUAGUUUAUUGCCUUAUUUGCCUAUGUUGAUGGAUCCAUUAGUAUCGGCUCUGAACGGCUCUCACACAUUAAUAUCCCAAGGCUUACGUACGCUAGAGCUUUGCGUGGAUAACCUUCAACCAGAUUUUUUGUAUGAACAUAUUCAACCAGUGAGAGCGGACUUGAUGCAGGCGCUCUGGAGAACUUUACAAAACAACGAGGUCGCAAGGAUAGCAUUCAGAGUUUUAGGGAAGUUCGGUGGUGGCAAUCGUAAAAUGAUGAUCGAACCACAGAGGUUAGAGUACCGCGAGACGGACGCGCCGCCACCGGCUGUACAAGCGUAUUUCCAAGACCAAUCGAAACCUGUAGACUUUGAAGUAGAUAAAGUAAUAGAAACAGCCUUUUCCGCAUUGAAAUCGAGCACGACGGACCCUUUUUAUAGAAAGCAGUGCUGGGAAGUGCUCAGGUGCUAUUUAGCAUCUUCCUUGAAUUUAGACGAUGAUAGACAAACUCUUAUGAAAUUAUUUAACCAUCCCAGCUUCAUAGAAGGUAAAAUUCAAACACAGAGUGGUCCGUACUACAAAUGCUCUAAUAGUAUAGUUAGAAACACACAUUGCACGGCUCUGACGGGAAUGUUCGUCGCUGCGGCAAUCAAAGAGUUGCGUCAUCACGUGCUACCGACCAUGGUGUCUCUGGUGCGUCAUUACACGAUGGUGGCGAUAGCACAAGAGGCUGGGCCUUUUUCAAAUACUGGGGGCCCUAAAGAAGGUUUGGACGCGUUGGUUUUAGUGGACGCUAUUGCUGUGGUGAUGGGUCACGAAGAAAAAGAAUUAUGUAAACCUGGUCACCUAGCCCUUGUACUAAUGAUAGAGACUGCGGCGACAGUUCUCGGCAGCAAGGAGCGCGCUUGCCGUCUACCUCUGAUGGAAUAUUUAGCCGAGCGAAUGUCGGCCCUAUGUUACGAAAGAGCUUGGUACGCAAAACUGGGUGGUUGUAUCACUGUUAAAUUCAUGGUUGAGAAAAUGGCACCCGAGUGGGUAUACAAGCAUAUAUUUACAUUUUUGAAAGCAGUGCUGUUUGUGAUGAUGGAUCUGACUGGUGAAGUAUCCUCGGGUGCGAUUGAUAUGGCCACCGUGAACUUGGAGCGAUUAGUUCGUGUCUGUGUGACGGGUCCCGCUACUCCGUCUUCUGAGCCUCCUGACCCUGAAGUCGCGGCCGCGAAAGCUCGCGCCUUACAUGAUGUGCUGCAAGAACUUGUUCUUCAAGUAACUAGUCCGCAUCUUCUUGUACGACAACAGGCAAUGAAAUCACUGGAGUUGAUAGCAGAAUUACAGAAUAAGACAGUUACUGACGUGAUGGACCCGCACAGAGAGGUGUUAGCAGAUAUCAUUCCCCCUAAGAAGCAUUUGCUUCGUCAUCAACCAGCCAAUGCUCAGAUGGGCCUUAUGGAUGGAACUACAUUCUGCACGACGUUGAAACCUCGACUAUUUACAAUUGAUUUGUCAAUAAAUGAACAUAAAGUUUUCUUCCGUGAGUUGCUUUCUCUGUGCGAGGCGGAAGACGCCAUGUUAGGCAAGCUGCCAUGUUACAAGGGCGUUAACCUAGUGCCACUACGAGCGUCGGCACUUAAAGCAUUGGCCGCCUGUCACUACAUACAAGAGAAGCACUGUAGGGAGAAAAUCUUCCAAGUCCUGUACAAAUCUCUAGAAAAAAACGACCAGGAGCUGCAGCAAGCUGGUUUCGAAUGCAUGCAGAAGUUCCUCUCUGGCUUCCAAAUUGAUAUGGAGAUGGUACAUCCGGUGAUGAGGCCUCUUCUGCUCACUCUCGGCGACCACCGUAACCUAAGCGUAAACGGUGCAAAGCGGCUUUCGUACUUAACGCAGCUGUUUCCUUCAACGUUCAGCGAGAAAUUGUGUGAACAGUUGUUGCAGUUGCUUAAAAAACUUCUUGAUUAUUCUAUUCAGACUAAUCGAGGUGGAAACUUCCUUCAGAGUGUAUCAAAGAACAUGGAGAAUGAGCAGAAGAUCAUCAUCCUGAUUGGCAUAUUUCACCAGAUACCAGCUGCAUCACCGCGAUUCAUCGAUGUGCUGUGCCGGUUGAUCUUCCACACUGAAAAGUCGCUUAUGAUCGAAGCAGGGUCGCCUUUCAGGGAACCGCUCGUCAAAUUUCUGUUGAGGUAUCCUAAGGAGACUCUUGAUCUAAUUCUGAGCGACAACAAUAUAAAAGAUCAGCAAUGGAGCCGUUUCCUCGUGUUCCUCGUGAAACACCCAGACGCGGGGGCGGUAUACCGCGAGGCGCUGCAAACUGCUAAGAAGCCGCGGCUCAUGCAGCUGCUGGCUACGGUCGCGGGGGCGCAGCCCGACCGGACUGAGAUGCAGUUCCAGGCCAUCAGGGUUAUCUCCCUUCUCAUCAAGUACGAUGACCAAUGGUUGUCGACCCAACACGACCUAAUUGAAUUGCUCAAGCGGAUUUGGUGUAGCGAUCAGUAUCAUGAAAGCCACAAGAAAGUGGAAAAUGUGGAUUGCACUCACUGGAAAGAACCAAAAUUAAUUGUGAAGAUACUAUUGCAUUAUUUUACUCAUCAUCCAUCCAACAUAGACUUAUUGUUCCAAAUGCUGCGAGCAUUGUGUGACAGGUUCAUUCCAGACUUUCAAUUUUUACGAGAUUUCUUGGAAAAUACCGUCGCCCAAAAUUAUACCGUAGAAUGGAAACGAUCCGCGUUCUUCCGCUUUGUGGAACAUUUUGCUAGUGAUGCCAUGUCUCAAGACCUAAAAGCUAAGGUUCUCCAAAUGAUCUUGAUACCGUGCUUCGCCGUCAGCUUCGAGAAAGGGCAGAAGAUUGUUGGUGGCCCCCCAGCGCCGUAUCAAGACAAUCCCGAUAACGUUGUGUCCGUUUUUAUUAACAAUGUGAUUGAUCCCGAGAACCCAUUUGCAUGUUCGGACGCAGUACGCAUAUCUCUGCUGCAGUUUGCUUGCCUGCUACUCGAGCAGGCGUCCGCGCAUAUCCACGAUGCAAAUAAUAAGAAACAGGGCAACAAGUUACGUAGACUCAUGACCUUUGCUUGGCCAUGUUUGCUCGGCAAGAACUAUGUUGACCCUGCUACGAGAUAUCACGGGCACUUACUACUUAGUCACAUUAUAGCAAAGUUCGCGAUACAUAAGAGGAUAGUUUUACAAGUAUUCCACAGUCUAUUGAAGGCUCAUGCGGUGGAAGCGCGCUCUGUGGUACGUCAGGCGUUGGAGAUCCUGACGCCCGCGAUGCCGCAGCGCAUGGAGGACGGUAACACUAUGCUCACUCAUUGGACAAAGAAAAUCAUUGUAGAAGAUGGACACUCUGUGCAACAGCUGUUUCACAUCUUACAACUUGUCGUCAGACAUUACAAGGUUUACUACCCGGUGCGGCAUGCGUUAGUCGGUCACAUGGUAGCGGCGAUGCAACGACUUGGCUUCUCCGCCACCGCGUCACCGGAGCACCGCAGGCUAGCCGUAGACCUCGCGGAAGUCGCGCUCAAGUGGGAGUUGCAGAGGAUACGCGAUCAUACGCACGAUGAUACUGUGGUGGCGACGUCCCCCAGCGGUAGCGUAAAGCGUAUGUCUUGCGAUGAGGGCACAUCGGAAGCGCGUAAGGCGUUGAACACUGGCUGGGCCAGUCCACAGGCGGCAGUUUCUCGGCUCGAGCCUGAUGCGGCGAAACCGCUCGAUCGGCAACAUGUCGACGUUGUCGUCAACUUGUUGCUUAGAUUGGCCUGCCAGGUAAAUGAGGGUGCGGUGGGAGCGGGAGCGGCAGCGGGGGCGACAGCGGGAGCUGCAUCGCCCGGCGAGCAACUGUCGCGUCGCUGCGUGUUACUGCUAAAAGCUGCUCUCAAACCAGAUGUUUGGCCGCACCAGUGCGAACCCAAACUAUCCUGGCUUGAUAAGGUAUUUUCAACGGCAGACAGUAACGCUGCAGCUUGCGCUAAUGCUUGUACCGCCUUAGAACUCUUGGUGUUUUUACUGGGAGUGUUAAGAAGAGAACAAGCUUUAGCAGCGCUGAAGCCGCUGCAACGUGGCUUAGCGGCUUGCGUCUCGUCUACUAAUGCUAAGAUAGUGCGGCUUACGCACAAUCUACUAGCGAAGUUAACCGCUCUCUUCCCCACUGAACCUUCUGGUGCCGCUCAAGCUUCCAAGUACGAGGAACUGGAAACUUUGUACGCAUGUGUCAGCAAGUACGCGUUCGAGGGCUUAGCGACUUACGAGAAGUCAGCGGCGGGUGGCGGCGCCGGUGCCCUACUGGGUCCCCUGAUGAUGCUGAAGGCGUGUUGCACCUCCAGCCCGUCUUAUAUCGACCGUCUGCUGUUGCCGCUGAUGCGAGUGUUGCAGCGUAUGGCGCGCGAUCAUGUCGCACCUAAUCCUGACGCGGCGACUUCAGAUCUUCUGAUACUCGCUCUGGACCUGUUAAAAGCACGGGUAUCCGUUAUGCCAGUUGAUACGAGGAAGACCUUCAUCGGCACUGUUCUAGUUGGAUUGAUCGAAAAGACGACCGAUGCUAAGGUGAUGAAAGCAAUCACUCGUAUGGUAGAAGAAUGGGUAAAGAAUCGUAGCCAAGCGGGCAGCGCCGCGCCUUCUCUUCGUGAGAAAUCAAUUCUGCUUGUUAAACUGAUGCAGUAUGUUGAAAAACGAUUCCCUGACGACUCGGAGUUGAAUGCACAUUUCCUGGAUAUCAUCAACUAUGUCUACAGAGAUGAACACUUGAAAAUGACAGAGUUAUCAAUGAAGUUAGAACCGGCAUUCCUCGCUGGGCUGAGAUGUACGCAACCGAACAUUCGUGCCAAAUUUUUCGAGGUUUACGAUCAGAGCGUCCGACGGCGCAUCUUCGACAGGUUGCUCUAUAUUAUCUGUUCGCAGAACUGGGAACAUAUCGGCCAACAUUUCUGGAUAAAACAGUGCCUGGAACUGUUACUCGUCACUUGUGUAGCUAGCACUCAAAUCCGUUUAUCAAAUAGUAAAUACCUCCUGCCGAAUAUAGCAGCGGUAAUUAACUGGGCGGAUAGUGAGGAGCGGAAAUCGUUCGUCAUAUUCAGUUCUGUGAAAGAAGAAUCUUCCGACGGUUUCACCGACUCUAUCGACCCGGAUAAAGAAGACGUAUUGGAUAUGGAUCUCGAUUCCAGCUCCAAUCAGAAGGAGGACGUCACUAAAAAUGCUCCUAAUAGACAACGAGCCCUUACCCAAAUAAUAGCUAAGCAAUCUGAGUUCCUGGAGCUAGCGCGGCGCGUGAGGACAGAACAACUAGUUGUGGCGGCAGCGCAACUGUGUCACAUGGACGACUCGCUCGCUCACCACACCUGGCUGCGACUGUUCCCUAGAUUGUGGACAGCGUUCGACGAGAGACAACUCGCGACAAUAAUGAACGAGAUGGUGCCAUUCAUAAUAUCAGGCGUGCAUGUGGUGCAACGUGAUCAACCCCUCAGCGCUCUGAACACCUUCAUUGAAGCUUUAGCCCGUUGCAAUCCACCGAUAAGCAUCAGACCGCCGAUGAUGAAAUACCUGGGCAAAACUCACAAUCUAUGGCACCGCAUGACACUUAAUCUGGAGCAGAUGGCCAUUGAUCAGGCGAGCGGACGCGCGCCUCCAGAACCAGUUGAAGUAUACGACUAUGAAGUAGAAGCCACUACCCCUACAGAAAUACUCGACUCUUUGAGCGAUAUGUAUGAGCUAUUGCAAGAAGAGGACAUGUGGUCAGGCUUAUGGCAGAAGCACGCUAGGUUCCGAGAAACAAACGUCGCAAUCGCAUAUGAACAACAAGGUUUCUUCGAACAGGCUCAGGCUGCGUACGAAAUCGCUAUGACUAAACUAAAACAAGAUUACUCCUCAAAUCCGUCUGCAUACAAUAUGCAUAAAGAGUGUGAUCUUUGGAACCAACACUGGCUGAAAUGUGCAAAAGAACUGAAUCAAUGGGAUUCAUUGCUGGAGCUAGGACUCGGCAGGAGUGCUCGGGACUCAUUUCUUAUUCUGGAGAGCUCUUGGAGGAAUCCUAACUGGCCGACAAUGAAGGACGCCCUGGCUGAAGUGGAAUACAACUGCCCGAAGGAAUUAGCUUGGCUGGUGAACCUGUACCGCGGCUACCUGUGCAUAUGCGCGGGCGGCGAGCAGCAGCUGAACGGCGUGGAGCGUCACGCGGAGGCGGCGGCGGCGCAGUGUCUGCGCGAGUGGCGCCGGCUGCCGCGCAUAGUGUCGCACGCGCACCUGCCGCUGCUGCGCGCCGCACAGCAACUGAUGGAGCUCAGCGAGGCCGCGCAGAUACACACGGGCCUCCUCCACAGUAGGCCUACCUCAUUGCACGAUAUGAAGGCCAUAGUGAAAACGUGGCGCAACCGCCUGCCCGUAGUGGCCGACCCGUUGUCUCAUUGGGGCGCAAUAUUUACGUGGCGUCAACACCACUACCAGUUUAUCGCGUCCCACUACGACUCGCAAGCGGAGCACGCGUCUAAUCAUAGUAUGUUGGGGGUCCAUGCUAGCGCUCAGGCAAUCAUUCAUUUUGCAAAGAUAGCGAGAAAACAUAAUUUAUCUGGCGUGUGCUUGGAUUCCUUACACCGCAUAUAUACAAUACCGAGCGUACCGAUAGUAGACUGCUUCCAAAAGAUACGUCAGCAAGUCAAAUGCCAUAUCCAAAUGUCUUGGACAGAGGGUAAAGAAGAGUUGCAAGAAGGAUUAGAUAUGAUAGAGUCUACCAACUUUAAGUAUUUCACCAAGGAAAUGACAGCAGAGUUUUAUGCCUUCAAAGGAUUGCUUUUAGCUCAGUUAGGACGAUCAGAUGAUGCGAACAAAGCUUUCGCGGCCGCGGUUCAACUACACGAUACUCUGGUUAAAGCCUGGGCGUUGUGGGGUGAUUAUUUGGAACAGAUAUUCAUAAGAGACCCGCGUCAGACCGUCGUUGGUGUUUCUGCUAUGACCUGCUUCCUACACGCCUGCCGUCAUCAGAACGAAUCGAAAUCCAGGAAAUAUUGUGCAAAGGUGCUAUGGAUGUUAAGCUUCGACGACGAAAAGAACAGUCUCGCGGAAGCCUUAGACAAGUAUUCGGUGGGAGUACCGCCCGUGCAGUGGUUGCCAUGGAUACCGCAGCUGCUCGCAUGCCUCGUGCAGUAUGACGGCAACGUUAUACUCAACUUACUCAGCCAUGUGGGCCGGCUAUAUCCUCAAGCGGUGUACUUCCCCAUCCGCACCCUUUAUUUGACUCUGAAAAUAGAACAACGAGAGAGGCACAAGACCGCCGAAAAUAUAGCAGCACAUCUACCACAUCAACCCACCACUACAGCUGGUGGUAGUAAGGCGAACGAGGCAGCAUCUUCCUCGAGCGGGAGCUCCACGGGCGGCGAGGCGGGGCCCAUAAAGGCCACGCUGCCCAUGUGGCGCUGCUCGAAGAUAAUGCAGUUGCAACGAGAGAUACAUCCCACCGUGCUCUCAUCAUUGGAAGGCAUCGUAGACCAGAUGGUGUGGUUCCGUGAGAACUGGUACGAGGAGGUGCUGCGACAGCUGCGCGCUGGCCUCGCCAAGUGCCACGUGGUGGCGUUUCACCACCGCGCUGCCGUCGCUGACGCCACCGUUACACCGCACACGCUUAACUUUAUCAAGAAAGUCGUCUCCACGUUCGGAAUCGGAAUUGGCAUUACUGCAUCGGAGAGCCUGGCUCGCCGGGCGCAGGCCACCGUUCAAGACCCAGUUUUCCAGAAGAUGAAGAGCCAGUUCACCGCUGACUUCGACUUUUCACAACCCAAUGCUAUGAAAUUACAAAAUCUCAUACAAAAACUGAGGAAAUGGGUGAAGAUAUUAGAGGCCAAAACAAAAGUCCUACCCAAGUCAUUCCUCAUUGAAGAGAAAUGUCGGUUUCUCUCGAACUUUAGUUUGAAAACUGCCGAUGUAGAAUUGCCUGGAGAGUUUCUACUUCCCAAGCAUACUCAUUAUCAUGUGAGGAUAGCAAGAUUUAUGCCACGUGUUGAAAUAGUGCAGAAGCAUAAUACAUCCGCUCGCCGGCUUUACAUACGCGGACACAAUGGGAAGAUAUAUCCAUACCUAGUAGUUAACGAUUCCGGCUUGGGUGACGCCAGGAGGGAAGAACGAGUUUUACAAUUGCUCAGAAUGUUGAACCAUUAUUUGGGCAAGCAGAAAGAAACUUCUAGGAGAUUCCUUAAUUUCACCGUACCGCGUGUCGUAUCCGUAUCGCCUCAAAUGAGAUUGGUCGAGGAUAAUCCCAGUUCGAUAUCCUUGCUGGAUAUUUAUCGCACCGAAUGUACUAACAGGGGUGUGGAAUACGAUGCUCCCGUCGCAAGAUACUAUGAGAGGUUAGCCGCAGUCCAAGCCAGAGGUUCUCAAGCGUCACACCAAGUGUUGCGUGAUAUCCUGAGAGAGGUGCAAUCGACAAUGGUACCUAAAGGCAUGGUACGGGAAUGGGCGGCGGCGACAUUCGCGGCGCCCACAGACUACUGGACUUUCCGCAAGAUGAUAACUUUGCAGCUUUCGCUCGCCAGCUUCGCGGAAUAUGUAUUGCAUUUAACACGCCUCAAUCCCGACAUGAUGUACGUGCACCAAGACUCUGGAUUACUGAACGUGUCGUACUUCAAAUUCGACGUCGAUGACACAACAGGAGAAUUAGAUGGAAAUAGACCAGUACCAUUCCGGUUGACACCGAAUAUUUCAGAGUUAAUAACAUCAAUUGGCAUUACUGGUCCUCUCACAGCCUCGGCUAUAGCUGUAGCCAGAUGUUUGGUCACACCAAACUUUAAGAUACAAUCGAUACUGCGUACCAUAUUACGCGAUGAGAUGGUAACGGGAUAUAGAAAGAGAUUAGAAGAUAAAUCCGGGCUACCCACGGCGGGCACUUCUGCAGCUGAAAAUAAACCUGUGGAGAUGGAUAACGAAACUAUUAUCAAUAUGGUUAACAAAGCCGUUACUGUAAUUAUGAGCCGACUCAACUCAUUGGCUACAUUUGACGGACCCGACAGUAAGGUGGCGACACUAGUCACAGUUGCCAAUAGUUACGACAAUAUCUGCCGCAUGGACCCCGCUUGGCAUCCUUGGUUAUAAUUUAUUACUGGUCCUUCGAGCUGGAUAUUCAAUGUCAAUGAUAAUUUAGUUAUAUUAAGUUUAAUACUGUAAGUAUUUUGAUAUCAUUGGUAAUUGUAAUAUUUCUACAACAUACAGAGAAAUGUAGUUUAUUAAGUAAAAGAGUCUCUUUAGCUUAAGAGAAAUUAUGUUAGAAUAUCCCUCUUACGUAUUGUAUUAUAAACAUGUGAUUCGGAUAUCGCCGACAUUGUGAUCUCCUGUACUGAAAAAUAAAUUUUAAUGAUAUU